CCUCAACCCUUAUGGCAUGAACUCUGUUUUCUCUUCACCCGGGGAACUGAGCUGAUACGCGGAGCUGAGAGAUAAAAGACAUGUUUUUCUCGUUCCGCCAGAAGAGCUGUAACGACCGACGUGUGAGACAGCGGUGUGUUUAUGGACAUGUUUACAUUCUCGCUGCGUUUCUGUGAGGUGACUCAGACCGGAUGAAGCCUCGUGUGAGAUGAUCAGGAUGAAGUCCACACGUAGCUUCGUGUUUUUAAUUUGUCCCAUCAUGGUGCUGAUAUUCCUCUACUAUUCGUCUGGCAGACUGCACCUACGGAGCCCAGUCCAGAAAUCUCAAUGCGACAAGCAGGGAUUCCUUACCAAGCUUGACAGAAAACUGCCUCUGGAGCUGCAGUAUAAAUAUGGUAAUCUCAGUAAAGGCGAGUGUAAACCGGGUUACGCAGAGGCCAAGAUGACUUCAAUCUAUCCAAAGUUUUCAAAACCUGCCCCCAUGUUCCUUGAUUCAAAUUUCAAGCGGCUAUCAAAGAUCAGCAGUUACCCGCCUCCGUUUGGAGUAAGAACACAAGAAAAGAUAAUUGAUCAUAUUUUACAAGCUACAAAGAGAUAUUCACUUGGUUCAGAACUGGACAGUAUAAGUUGUGUGUUCGUAAGGUCCUUCAUAUUAGCUGCAGGUGAAGCGGGCGUCUCACGAGGAGAGCGAGAGCUCUGUGUUCGGACACGCUCUUGCCUUCAACGCUUUGCUAGCGUCACCCUUUUUAUUCUGAUUAUCAAACGGAGUAUGGAGGGAUUCUGGAAGUCCGUGGCACGUGUCGUUCCCAGAGAGCCAGAAGACAUACGAAUCCUGAACCCGUAUUUCAUCCAGGAAGCGGCCUUCAAAUUCAUCGGCCUUCCAAACAACAAUGGCCUCAUGGGAAGAGGGAAUAUUCCUACAUUGGGGACUGUUGCGAUAACGAUGGCUCUUCAUAGCUGUGAUGAGGUGGCGGUGGCCGGAUUCGGAUAUGACAUGAACACACCUCACGCACCUCUGCACUACUAUGAGAAACUCAUGAUGUCUGCAAUCAAAGAGUCAUGGACGCACAACAUAUCCAAAGAGAAAGAGUUUCUCCGAAAGCUGGUGAAGGGGGGCGUCAUCCGGGACCUGACCAACGGGAUCUGACGUCACGUCCCCGUCAUGCAGCGGAUAGAUAGUAUUCACCAUAUCACUGGUGACCAGCAUCCCAGCCGAUGGACUCACACUAACUCGAGCCGUCAAACGUCCAGAGAUGUUUGAGCCAAUCGCAUGAUGCCGCCGGAGGAAGUGACCUCACCUCAUAUGCUGGACGGUAUCCAUGGCAACCUCACCUCAAACAUGGUAAUGCUUGUUUUAAGAUGCCACCUAGGCGAGAAAGAGUCCAUCCCUGUGUGCCACGGCAGGCGCCCGGCAGAAACUGGAAGCGUGCUGCUUUCUCCUGUUUUUUUAUUCCACUGUAUUCCGUAUUUAUUAGACAGUAUUUUGAUCUCGUCAUUAAGAUGCUUUAUUUUUUAAGCUGUGUCAGCUUGAUUGCUUUAAUAAUGUUCUCUUCAAUCUCAGGCUAUGCACAACAGCACACAACAAAUGAUUGUCACUGUUGAUUUUCUGCUGCUCUUCUGACGUGUGCCAUUUAAAGGGGUCAUAUGAUGAGAUUUCAAGUUUUCCUUUC